AUGAGAUUGAUCGCUGGUUGCUCGGACAACGGGUCUUUGAAGGAAGUUAUCUGCGAUGCGGGCACUGACACGUCAAAGAAAACUGCUUUGCAACCCUUGAGCGUAAAAAGCUCUUUGCUACAAGGCUUGAAGUGUUCCAUUGAUAGAAUAUGUGUGAUUUCUAGUAGGCGGAUGAUUUUGGGAAGGAAUAAUGGCGUUUUAGAGUUGGUGAGCAUAGAAAGGACAAAGCAUAUUGACGGCGAACAGGAAAAUGCAGAGCAUGGAAGUAAGGAGGGCACAACCGGUGCGUUUGAAAUAUCCAAAUUUGAAGUUAUUGACUCGAUAGCGGGAAUGCUUGAUAAUUCACGGCUAGCGCCCUUUUACGAAAAGUCAAAGAAGAGAGUGAGACUGAGCGACGGAUUUGUUAGUAUAUGUCCCUUGCCUGGCUCAAAUAACGAAUAUUUUGUGGCUACUAGAUCGGGACUUAUCAGCAUAAUUCAGUUAGGGGACAAUCUAAAGAAAUUAACCAAGAUCGGCACUCUGGAAGUGAAGGCUCCUCUUGAUUUUGCACAGCUGUGCGAUACAGAACCGAAUGAAGCUGGGGACUACGUGUUUGGUUACGGUGGCGAGGAGAAUCUGGUCAAGCUGGUGCGGAUGAAGAGAGAUGGGUCAUCAUUGUCGCAGUUUUGGGAAGCGAAGAAUGUCAAGAAUGAUAGAUUGGAUUUGAGAGUGCCGGUAUGGCCAAUAGGCUUGAAAUUUUUAAGUGCCUACUCUCCGUCAGAUGCAGAUCCGAGUAAACCAGAUUAUCAGUUUGUCGUAGUCACUCACUGGUCUCAUUUGGCCCACUACAGGACCCAGCAUGGAAGGAAGCCGCUUGCAUACAAAGAUCUGUUGCCCAACCGAGAACCUCUGACGGCACUGGAGCUAAUUGGAGAAGACAUUACGGAGCUAGGAAAUUUGAAGGUUGCAGAUUUCGCUAAUUUUUCCUUCGUAACCGCAGAUCUCAAGCAUAACGUUUACAAAUUUGACAUCGACGGCAAACCCAUAAUGAAAUUUGGCAAAAGCGACAUCACUGGUGCAUCUUCCUUCCUUGGAAUUUACAAACAGAAAUACUUGUUACAGGGAGGCUUGGACAGGUAUAUCCGUAUCUUUGAUUUGGCCACAGGCUCAAGACUCGUCAAGGUUUACACAGGUAGUAAAAUAAACUCUCUUGUAAUGCUCGACAGUGAAGAAAUCGGACAGAUAGACGAUAGCGGUCCGAAACUUGCGAAAAGGAAAUCAGUGGUUCAAGACGAGGAAACCCUCAUAGCCCAAGAUGAUGAGCUCUGGGAGCGUCUCGAGAAUAAUGGAGGAAGUGUAAAGAAAGUAAAAAAAGCCAGAAGAUAA